AUGGCCCAUGGACAUGAGCAUGGGCAUGGGCAUGGGCAUGGUAAAUUGGUCCUUCCGGAUUACAGGAAAUGGAAGAUAGAAGGGACACCCUUAGAAACUGUGCAGGAGAAGCUGGCCGCACGGGGGCUCAAGGAUCCUUGGGGCCGCAAUGAAGCUUGGAGAUACAUGGGUGGCUUUGCAGACAACGUCACCUUUGCUGGUGCAAUGCUAAAAGGAUUCAAAUGGGGGUUUGCUGCAUUUGUGGUAGCUGUAGGGGUUGAAUAUUUCCUGGAGUCCCAGAAUAAAGAUAAGAAGCACCACUGA